AGGGCAUUUGGCUACCUCAAAGAUCUCAAAUUUCUAAAGCGAUCUAGCCACAUGUUAUCCAUUCCCCUCUCUUGCUCACGCUGUAUUUUUUUCCUCUCCCCUUGUUUUCUCUCUCUAUAUUGUUUGAGCCCACAUAGAAAUCUCCCUCUUCCUGCGCAUUUAAUUUUCGUAAACACACCUGAUUGAUUUGUCUUAAUGCUUCUGUCAAGUACCAGAGGUUUUGUGAAAAAGAAGAAAAAGAUUCUAGGGUUUCAGUAACUCUUUCUCUCUACAGUCCCCUCCCUCUCUUCUGUCUGAUACUUUGCUCGUUUUGCUUAACAUGCGAGCGUUAGGGAUGCGCAUUGCCUUUUAACCAGAUCGGGUGAGAGAGAUGGUGGGAGAGGGGAGUGAUGAUGAGGCGAUGAGGUGCUGGGAUGACCUGGUGCCUGAUGCAUUGGCGGUGAUAUUGGGAAAGGUGGGGUUGGAGGAGAAGCUGUCGGUGGUGCCCAGGGUGUGCAAGUUGUGGCGAAGGGCGGUGGCAGGGCCGAUGUGCUGGCAGGAGGUGGACAUAGAAGAGUGGUGCCACCGCUCCCACCCCGAACAGGUGGAGCGCAUGGUCAAGAUGCUUGUCUCUCGCGGCGGAGCUGCACUCUGUAACCUCUCUGUUUCUCGUCUCCAAGAUGAUGCAAUCUUCGCUUUCAUUGUGCAACAUGGGGGUGGGUCUCUGAGGACACUGAAGCUUCCUGUGAGCGAAGUGAGUGAUGCUGUUGUGGAGGAGAUGGCCUCAAAGCUCUCGAGCCUGACGACCCUUGACAUAAGCUACUGUUCAAAGAUGGGCUGCAAGGCUUUGGAGGCCAUAGGCAGGAACUGCAAGUCUCUAGUGGGCCUAAGCCGAAACAUGAACCCAAUAGGGUGGGAGGCUCACACGGGAAAUGAUGAGGAGGCCAUGGCCAUAGCCACUACAAUGCCUCGCCUCAAGCACUUGGAAAUGUUCUAUGGUCAACUUACAGAGACUGGGCUCAGGGCCAUUUAUGCAGGGUGCCAAGAGCUCGAGCAUUUGGAUGUGAGGGGUUGUCAUAAUUUGAGGAUCGGUGGUGCAGUCACUGAUAGAAGACCUGGCCUCAGGGUUUUGGGGCCUUUGAUACCAAAUUGCUAUGAUAGUUACUUGGAGGAUGAUUGUUCUGAUGAUUAUGACUCUUCCUCAAUUUAUUCAGAGGAUGGGGAGUUGGAUGAGGAGUGGGAUGGGGUGGAUGAGUGGGAUGAAGGGUGGGAUGGUGUCGAGAUGAGGGUGUACCUUGCUGCUCAUAACCCCGACCACGAUUUCGGCUGGCCGGCUUCCCCUUGACUCCCCCCCUCUCUCACUACUUCCGACUUCUUCUAUGUGAUCUAGCUAACUUUCAUGCUCGAUUUCUCUGUCAUCCUCCCCUCUAUGGCUCUCUCUCUCUGGGUUCUUACUCUUUAUGGUUGGUUGGUUAUGUGAGCUUUAGAAGAAUGUAGGCUGUGGCAAGUCACUCACUCUGCUGUGGUGGUUCUGAUUCUUCUGUGUUUGUGGUUGUCAUUCUUCUAUAUCUGGUUUGCCUGAUGUUGGUUGGUUCGGUUGGUCAUGUAUGCAUAUUGAUUGCAUAACAUCUGCUACUUGCUGUAAUUGUGCCUCUCACUCUCUUGCUGUUAUCUGUUGCGGAUUCUUGAAAGCAGUCAUCAUGCGCUAGAAUGGGGAAAUAUGCACUUGACAUCCAAGCACAAGUGGCUUAUGAAUGAUACCACAGUUUUGCAUUGUAGUUCA